CGGGCCGCUGGCUUCAUGCUGCCCUUGUGUCAGUUUCAGGAGCCUUCCCUCUACACGGUCAAGGCCAUUUUCAUCUUGGACAACGAUGGACAGCGCCUCUUAGCCAAGUACUACGACGGCACCUUCCCAUCCACGAAAGAGCAGAAGAGCUUUGAGCGGAGCGUCUUCACGAAGACCCACAAGACGGACAGUGAGAUCGCCUUUCUGGAAGGGCUGACCAUCGUCUAUAAGAGCAGCAUCGACCUCUUCUUCUACGUGGUGGGGAGUUCCCAGGAAAACGAGCUGAUGCUGGUGGCCGUUCUCACCUGCCUCUUCGACUCCCUCAACCACAUGUUACGGGCUGAGGACAAUCCCGUUGCUCCCCGUGUGCGUAGGGUGAUUCUGGAGAGCGACCCUCAGCAAGUGAUCCAGAAGGUGAACUUCCGGGUGGACGUCAGCCCUCUGUCUGAGCAAAGCGUCGCCCAGGUUUUUCUGUCUCGCCUAGUCCACAUGAGCCUGGGGGCUGAGUCUGUCUCACCCUGCACUAACUACCUCCUCGCACAGGGCAGAGUUCUGCAAUCUGCCAAAGAGCAAAUUAAAUGGUCCUUAUUAAAGUGAACGUCCCCGAGGAGAGCGCCCGGCCCUCCCGAUUGGAUGGGACUGAACCGUGCCGGCGAAUGACUCCUCGCCCUAUUCGAUUAGCCGUUUGCAAACUGGCAUGAGAAGUCUGACGAAAGCUUUUGGGUAGGAUGCAAGAUGGCUGACCUCGGCUGUGCCUGCUGGGGGAACGGCAUUCUUCCAGGGGCACUGUCUUAAAUCCAGUCUCGGCGGCAUGAAACUCACUGCCUACUAAGGAGGGUGGUGGGGGUGGGGGGGAGAAUUAACAGGUUAACAGACCAAAAUCUGCUCUGUAACCCAGAGUGGCAGUGGUGUAACAGAGCAGAACCUAGCCCAGCAUCCACGACAAACUCCUAACCGGCACCGUUUUACUACUGUUAUUUAAGGAAUGAACAGGCGGAUUGGUUACUUGUAUUCACACCACCGGAAGUGCUGCACAAGAGUCAGUUAGAAUUUGUUUGGUACAAGGCGUCCCGGUAUCCCUCGGAUCCGCACUAACACCGC